CCCUCCGUAAGAAAGGAAAAGCCGGCAAUGUUGAACGUGUCAAACACGGUUUCAGAGAGACGAUACCGACUCCUAAUUCCAACCGACCUAGUACCCAGCCUGGUAAGAUAAAUAAACUUCUCCCGUCCCGAGCUGUCCUCGCACGGCACGCGAAGCGCACAAUCUCCUCUCUGCGCCGAUCGCUCGCCCGGCCUCGUCGUGAGUUCCGGCUAACACGCCUGCUGCUGCUGCUGCUGCUGCGGAGAUGAUCGAGCUGGUGCUGAACGACCGCCUGGGGAAGAAGGUGCGCGUCAAGUGCAACGAGGACGACACGAUCGGCGACCUGAAGAAGCUGGUGGCGGCGCAGACGGGGACGCGCGCCGACAAGAUCCGCAUCCAGAAGUGGUACACCACCUACAAGGACCACAUCACGCUCGCCGACUACGAGAUCCACGACGGCAUGGGCCUCGAGCUCUACUACAACUAGCCAGUAAUUUCCUAGAUCCAGAGCCCUGGUCUGAAUAACUCUGCGUCUCUCUAGGGUACUGUCAUUCGGUGCACCCGGAACCCCUGUUAUUAUGCGAUUGGAUCCUGUUGCUGUACGUACGUUGGAUGGCACGCUACUGAAAGUUUGGGGGCGAACUUCUGUUGCUAUGUUGAUGUGCUGAGUGGUGUUUUGGAAGAAAAAUCGCGACUUAUUUUCCUUUCUUUGAUUGAA